AUGAUAAUAUUAAUAAUAGCAAUAGUUUCUUGUUUGGAUGUAAAUUUAACAAAUCUUCAAUUUAAUUAUUAUAGUUUGCCUAUAUCAGCUAAUAAUAUAACAUACAAUCUAUUGAUAGACACUUGGAAUGAAGACAUAUGGAUAUUUGGAAAGAAUUCCAAUAGAAAAAGAUACUAUGAAUGUUUGAAGUGCACAUCAACAAAUAAUAAAACAAUAGUUAAUGUACAAGGCAAAAUUAGUGGAGUAUAAUACAAUUAAAAAUUUGAUUUGAUGAAUCAUUCUGUUAUGUUACCAAUUAUUGAUGCAUAAAAAAUUGAAUAUUUUUAUUCGAUAAUUGCUGAUGGUGCUAUUGGAUUUAGUAAAAAAGAAUUGUAAAAAGAGGAUAACUUGUUGUAACAAAUGUAUGUUUAGAAUGUUAUUGAUGCGAUGUAAUUUGGACUUUUAUUAAAUGAAUAAAAUUGUUAAUCUACAUCUGUUUUGAUUCUUGGUAAACCAAACAAAAAUUACUAUAUUAAUGAAUUAUAAUAUGUACAAACUAUUGAAUCGGAAUAAUGGACUGUGAAAGGUUAAUCUAUAGAAAUUAUUGGGAAAAACAAUAAAUAAAAAUUAGAAUCAUAUUCUUAAAUGAUUAUAUUUGAUAGUGGAGUGUCUAAAUUCUUAAUAUCAAAAUAUAAAUUUAAUAAAUUAAUUGCAAUAUUCAAUGAGGAUUACCAAUUAAAUUGUGAAAAAGAAGUUUUAAAUAAAGUCAAUGUGAUUAUGUGUUCUUAAAAUGAGUAAUCAUAUCCUGAAUUGAAUAUUAAUAUUGAUAGUAAUCUUAGUUUGACACUCUUACCUUAAGAUUAUAUAGCCUAUUGUGAUUACAAUUACUUUUUAUAGCAUAAAUGUUACUUAAAUUUUUAAUAGAUUUAUAAUGCAGAUGUCUUAGUUUUGGGAACUGUUUUUUUUUAAAAGUAUUACACACAUUUUGAUACAUCAACAUUGUAAAUUGGUAUUGCAAAAUCUAUUUAUUAUUGUAAGAUAUAAAAUAAUUUUAGAAAGGGAUAAGAAAAGUUUAAAUGAACUUGGAAAUGCNAAUAAAAGAAAAUUGUAAAGCAAAAAUAUAUAUAUAUAUAUAAUUAAUUUAUAUAAAAUAUGAUAAUAUUAAUAAUAGCAAUAGUUUCUUGUUUGGAUGUAAAUUUAACAAAUCUUCAAUUUAAUUAUUAUAGUUUGCCUAUAUCAGCUAAUAAUAUAACAUACAAUCUAUUGAUAGACACUUGGAAUGAAGACAUAUGGAUAUUUGGAAAGAAUUCCAAUAGAAAAAGAUACUAUGAAUGUUUGAAGUGCACAUCAACAAAUAAUAAAACAAUAGUUAAUGUACAAGGCAAAAUUAGUGGAGUAUAAUACAAUUAAAAAUUUGAUUUGAUGAAUCAUUCUGUUAUGUUACCAAUUAUUGAUGCAUAAAAAAUUGAAUAUUUUUAUUCGAUAAUUGCUGAUGGUGCUAUUGGAUUUAGUAAAAAAGAAUUGUAAAAAGAGGAUAACUUGUUGUAACAAAUGUAUGUUUAGAAUGUUAUUGAUGCGAUGUAAUUUGGACUUUUAUUAAAUGAAUAAAAUUGUUAAUCUACAUCUGUUUUGAUUCUUGGUAAACCAAACAAAAAUUACUAUAUUAAUGAAUUAUAAUAUGUACAAACUAUUGAAUCGGAAUAAUGGACUGUGAAAGGUUAAUCUAUAGAAAUUAUUGGGAAAAACAAUAAAUAAAAAUUAGAAUCAUAUUCUUAAAUGAUUAUAUUUGAUAGUGGAGUGUCUAAAUUCUUAAUAUCAAAAUAUAAAUUUAAUAAAUUAAUUGCAAUAUUCAAUGAGGAUUACCAAUUAAAUUGUGAAAAAGAAGUUUUAAAUAAAGUCAAUGUGAUUAUGUGUUCUUAAAAUGAGUAAUCAUAUCCUGAAUUGAAUAUUAAUAUUGAUAGUAAUCUUAGUUUGACACUCUUACCUUAAGAUUAUAUAGCCUAUUGUGAUUACAAUUACUUUUUAUAGCAUAAAUGUUACUUAAAUUUUUAAUAGAUUUAUAAUGCAGAUGUCUUAGUUUUGGGAACUGUUUUUUUUUAAAAGUAUUACACACAUUUUGAUACAUCAACAUUGUAAAUUGGUAUUGCAAAAUCUAUUUAUUAUUGUAAGAUAUAAAAUAAUUUUAGAAAGGGAUAAGAAAAGUUUAAAUGAACUUGGAAAUGCUUAUAAUAAUAACAUGUUUUACUAUUCAUUAAUUUUAGUAUUAGUUUUAAUAAUAGCAAUUUAUAUAUUAAUGAAAAUGCUAUUAAAGUAAUCCAUUCCUUUAUAUUUAUGUGUUCUAGAAAAGUCUUCAUCAAGAUCAUAAGAAUAAGAAAUGGAAGCAAUCACAUUAAAAACUUAAUCAAAUAGUUAACCUCCAUUGACAUCAUGA